AUGGUUAAAUUUUUACUUAAGGUACAAGCUGAAUUAUCUAAUGUUACUGAUUUAGAACCUAAAAAUACUCCGGAUUCACCAUUUGAAUAUACAUUUGAAAUUGAAUGUACUAAAUGUCGAACAGUUCAUGAUAAAUUAAUUCAAAUUAAUAGUUUUGAAAAACAUGAAAUAUCUGGAUCUAGAGGAGAAGCUAGUUUUAUAUUUAGAUGUAAAGAAUGUAAAAAUGAACAUUCUAUAAAUAUAAUUCCAACAAAUGAAAAAUUAACUGUUGAAGAUGAAAAUAAAUUUAUUAAUUUUUUGGAAAUUGAUAGUAGAGGUUUAGAUUUUUUGAAAUUUGUACCUAAUGGAGAAUUUCAAUGUAUUGGUUUAGAUUCUGGUACUGUUUUCAAUGAAGUAGAUUUAAGUGAAGGUGAAUGGUAUGAUGUUGAUGAAAAAACUAAUGAUGAAGUUAGUAUAAUUGAUGUUAAAUGGGAAAUCUCACGUUCUUAA